GAUUAGAAGCAGAAAAAAACGUGUGUAUGGCUUUAACGACGGGUUUCUGACGUCACCCUGAUGUGCAUCAUCCAGAUGACGGAAUGAGAGAGAGAGAGAGAGACACGAGAGAGAGAGAGAGACACACACACACACACACACACACACACAGGAAAGAUCACGCUGUUCAUCCUGUGCAUGUGGACCGGCUGAGGAAACACACCGUGCUUUUUUAGAAGGCAGGACGGCGAGAGUGAGGUUAUGUGCUAAAUGUGUGUGUUAACUCCAAGGCCAGGGGCCUGGAGGUGGGAUGUGAGCGUUGUCAAGGCGACAAGCUGGGGGGCGGGGCCAAGAGCAUCAUUUCGGAGAGGUGUGAAAGAAAGAGGGAAAGAGAGUAAGAGAGAGAGAGAGAGAGAGAGAGACUAUGCGAAUGAGGGAAGAUCGGAAACGCGCCGCAUUUUCUCCCGACGCCGGAGCACCGCUGCGCCUCCCAUCACCUCUAUAAACACGCACAGAGGUUGGAGAGACGCGCUGUUGGAUUGAACCCAAAAAUGUGCAUUCGCCCUGAGCUUUUCAUUGUUUCAUUGCACACAGACUGACCGCCGCUCUAUUUCAAGCCCUGGAGACUGCAUGUGUUGGAUCAGAGGCGCUGCGUUUGGAUGAAGAGAUCAGACCUGGCUCUAUACUUUCACCUUGUUUCCGAUCAGCCGCAUCAUACAGGCGAUCCGUCUCUUUUUUUGGCAAGACUGGUAACGAAGGUGAUGCUGGAUCGAGGGUUUCACUGAACCGGAGAAUAUUUGUAGUUUGAUACGAAGAGGGGAAACCACAGGUCGUGUGUCCACCGCACACCACACGUACAAGGAUUUCUCUCACCUUCUGAGCUGCUCAUCAUCAGGACUCCCAAGUGUGAUCACCGUGUGACCAACCCCAUGAGGACUUUGCCAGGCAAUGGAACGGAACAGACUUCUCCUCUUUGACCUUUGCCACGUCACAGCCACCUGCCAGGGCUGAGAUCACCACUGGCAACAGUUCUCCUCCCUGUCCCUUCUGUUCACCCAAACCCCUAUUCCUGUCCUCUCUGUCCACCAUGUUCUUUUACACCUAAAAAGAUCACACUUCUUGCAUAAUUACUUCAUUACCCCCUUCUUUAUUAUAAGGAAAAUAACAAAGAUGCCAAAAGCAAUCAUGCGCCCACCACGCUGGUGCAAGCAAGACUCGAGCUGUGCUCACAGAUUGGACACUCUCAGCAGUGUUUAUGCUCUGUGCAUAGCACUGUGGUUGACUCUGGGUGCGUGUCAGCGCUCUGAACCCAGCGUCAAACACCCUGUUGUCAGCACCAACUAUGGAAAACUGAGUGGACUCAAAAAGGAACUGAAUAAUGAGAUAUUGGGCCCUGUGGAGCAGUACCUAGGGGUGCCCUAUGCUACCCCGCCCAUUGGCGAUCGCCGGUUUCAGCCCCCAGAGGCACCUGGCUCAUGGCCUGAAGUGCGCAACGCUACUCAGUUUGCAUCAGUGUGUCCACAGAACCUUCAUGGGGUGCUGCCUGAGAUAAUGCUACCUGUGUGGUUCACUGACAGCCUGGACGUGGCUGCUACUUACAUUCAGAACCAGAGUGAGGACUGCCUCUACCUAAACAUCUACGUACCCACAGAGGACGGUCCACUCACAAAAAAACAUGAUGAAUCUACAAUGAACCGGCCACGAGACGAAGAUAUUCGUGACCGCAGGAAGAAACCUGUUAUGCUGUUCAUUCAUGGCGGCUCAUACAUGGAAGGAACGGGAAACAUGUUUGACGCAAGUGUGCUGGCAGCAUAUGGCAACGUCAUUGUGGUCACCAUGAACUACAGACUGGGAGUGCUAGGGUUUCUCAGUACGGGAGAUCAGUCUGCUAAAGGGAACUAUGGGCUGCUGGACCAGAUCCAGGCUCUGCGCUGGCUGAAUGAAAAUAUUGGCCAUUUUGGAGGUGAUCCAGAGCGCAUCACUAUCUUCGGCUCAGGAGCUGGAGCCAAUUGCAUCAACCUGCUAAUUCUGUCCCAUCACUCUGAGGGUCUUUUCCAGAGAGCUAUUGCACAGAGUGGAUCAGCCAUCUCAAGCUGGUCCAUCAACUAUCAGCCGCUGAAGUACACCAAGAUCCUGGCACGCAAAGUUGGCUGUUCCUACAGUGAGACAGCUGAUCUGGUGGACUGCCUAAGGAGAAAAAGCUUCAGGGAGCUAGUGGAUCAGGAUAUACAACCUGCACGAUAUCAUGUCGCAUUCGGCCCUGUGGUGGAUGGAGAUGUGGUGCCUGAUGACCCAGAGAUUCUCAUGCAGCAGGGGGAGUUUCUGAAUUAUGACCUGUUGAUUGGCGUGAACCAGGGAGAGGGGCUGAAGUUUGUGGAUGACGGUGGCUCAGAAAGUGAGGAGGGAAUUUCAGCCGCAGCCUUUGAUUACACUAUCUCUAAUUUUGUGGACAAUCUCUUCGGUUACCCUGAAGGUAAAGAUAUCUUGAGGGAGACCAUAAAAUUUAUGUACACGGACUGGGCAGAUCGUGAUAAUGGUGAAAUGCGGCGUAAGACCUUGUUGGCAUUAUUCACAGACCACCAGUGGGUUGCACCAGCUGUGGCCACUGCCAAGCUGCAUGCAGAUUACCAGUCCCCAGUGUAUUUCUACACAUUUUAUCACCACUGCCAGACAGAGACACGGCCUGAGUGGGCAGACGCUGCGCAUGGGGAUGAGAUUCCAUACGUGUUUGGUGUGCCUAUGAUCGGCGCAACAGACCUGUUCCCCUGUAACUUCUCCAAGAAUGACGUCAUGCUAAGUGCUGUGGUCAUGACCUACUGGACCAACUUUGCAAAGACUGGGGAUCCCAACCUGCCAGUGCCCCAGGAUACCAAGUUCAUCCACACAAAGCCAAACCGCUUUGAGGAGGUCAUCUGGACAAAGUUCAAUUCUAAGGAUAAGCAGUAUCUCCAUAUAGGCCUAAAGCCACGUAUCCGCGACAACUACCGUGCCAACAAGGUAGCCUUCUGGCUUGAGCUGGUGCCUCACCUUCAUGAGCUACACGAGGAAUUCCCAAACCCCAGUACCACUCGUCAACCCCCACGGCCUACGCACUGGAAGAGCCCUGAUGCCCGUGCAACGCGUCCACCGUACCCCACCUUCCCUCCAGAAUCGGACCCCGAGGGCUCAGAGCGGCCACGUUUUUCUCCGUUUCCUAAUGACGCACGUGACUACUCCACAGAGUUGAGUGUCACAGUGGCCGUGGGUGCUUCUCUGUUGUUCCUCAACAUUCUGGCUUUUGCUGCCCUCUACUACAAACGAGACCGGCGGCAUGAGACACGGCGUCACCGCUUAUCCCCACAGCGUGGUGUGCCAGCCAAUGACCUGGCACACAGCCAAGAGGAGGAGCUCAUGUCUCUUCAGAUGAAGCGCUCAGAGCAACGUGACGUGGAGCCUCUGCGACCAGCAUGUCCACCAGAUUAUACUCUGGCACUACGACGGGCACCAGAUGAUGUUCCUCUUAUGACUCCUAACACCAUCACCAUGAUACCUAGCAGCAUCGCAGGCAUGCAGCAGCUCCACGCCUUCAGCGCCUUCCCUUCUACCACCGGCCACAACAACACACUGCCUCACCAGCAUUCCACAACCCGCGUAUAGUACUGCCCUAUUUUCCUGUCCCUUCUCCAUUCUUCUCUUUCAUCCACCUUGGUGAAGAAGUACAAUGGGACCUCCCAGUGGUCCCCUUAUGGACACAUAUGAACAGCAAAAAAGAGCUGUAAACGUUGGCAUUAUAGAAACUGCUUUUUCAGAUGAGAAAAGGCUACAAUUAGCCAAGGACAUUGUCCAUGAAUGGUUGCUUUGGAAUUAUAUCCCAAUGCUCUAAGUGGAAAGGAAUAGCCAGCAGGGGGAAAAAAUUACAUUGUUUGAUGUAUAAAAAUGGAAAAAAAAAAAAUAUAUAUA